AUGAAAUUAUCUUGCUGCGAGUGGCACUACACCACUACUCACUACUCCUCCGAGAUGGCUGUUUGGAAAGCCCUCUUCCUCCUCUUUUGUAUACUGGACUGCAUGGAGCAAUCCGCCUCAUUACCAGUUGCUCAGACUAAUUCCCUGUAUCUUAAUUGCUUCAAGCACACAAGGUCCACUCGAACUCGUGUGCAACAGCUGCUAGGGAAAUAUAAGGAGCAGCAGCUGGGAAACGGGCAGUUUGAGGACAGAAGCCGACACUUGAAGGACCUGCCCUCACUUUCCACAGAAUUCUAUCGGUGGAUUAAUCUGACGGAGUGGGAACGACUGCAUGCCGCUUUCUGGGACAUGAAAACCUACUGGAAUAUGCUGGAGUGGAAGAGAAUACAGCUGGAGAACGAGGAGAAAGAUCAGAAGAUGGUGCAGGAUGCUCGGACAACUCUAACUCAGAACAUCAGACACAUUCAGCUGGACUUGCGGGACCUGAUUAGCCAAGUUAGCACUCAGAUGAGCUCUUUGAGAAGCUCUUGGAAAAGGCCAGCAGCUGCUUUGGCACAAACACGCCUGAACCCAGCAAGCAGGUCCAGGACAGUAUGGGACAGCCGAGUGGAAGGUUACAUCAUCCUGAGGGAUCUGGACCUUUACCUCACCAAGCUGGCAAGAGACUUUCUUUUACUGGCUACGAAAAUACAGUCAUGACUCAAAACUGAAAAAAAGACAACACACACACACACACAUGCGCACAAAGUCAAAGAGAAAAAAGGAAGAAAUAGUUGAACUGACUCUCAGCACUUUGAUCAAACUGGAAAGAUUGUGAUAGUUUUCAUUCAAGUGUUUUUAUUAACAUUUCGCGAGGGGCUCUGAUUAUUGCGAGUCUGCUUUUUAUUCCUUCUCAUUUUAAGGGCUUUCUUGGGUAUUUCCCAGAGUUUCUGU